GCCAAUCUUACAUAGCCCCACCUUUUAACCCCCUAUUUGCUGUUAAAAAAAGAGCAUCCUUUGAGUGCUCUGCGGGCGAGGAGGCUGCUCACCUGAGCAGCCAUGGCUGACGACUAUGAUGAGGCUGGCGGGAUGGAGGAGGAUAUUGGCAUGGGCGAGGAGGCCGGAUAUGACGACGCGGCGGCGGAGGCUCAGGAGGGCGAGGAGAAUAUUGAGCUCCUAGACCACGCGGACGGGCAAGCGGGGCAAGGCGGGGGCCCGCGGCAGCGGAUUACCACUCGCUACAUGACCAAAUAUGAGAAGGCGCGAGUAUUAGGGACACGCGCAUUGCAGAUAAGCAUGAACGCGCCGGUGAUGGUGGAGCUGUCGGGCGAGACGGACCCGCUGGAGAUCGCCAUGAAGGAGCUGCGCGAGAAGAAGGUGCCCUUCACCAUCCGGAGGUACCUGCCCGACGGCAGCUAUGAGGACUGGGCCAUCUCGGAGCUGGUGGUGCCGGACUGAGCCACAUGGCCGCUGUGUUGGGGGGUGGAGGGGGAGGGGAGGGAGGGGGUGCGCGGGCCUUGUGGGGCGAGGAGGAGGAGCCGGCAGGUCGGGUGAAGCGCUGCGGGAGCACAGCAGCGGCCGGGCGGGAAGAGGCAGCAGCAAUGGCGGCGGCGGAGGCGGCGGUGGCGGCGGGUCUUGGCCGGCUAGCUGGCGAGGGUGGCGUGGAGGAGGGUGGGAGGGCUGCAGGGCGAGUGCGCCCAGGUGUGUGGAUGGGAUCUCUGCCCCGUGGCACUACUGGCUGUGAGCCGCGGGCUGUGUUACUCAGGCGGAGUGUCUCCUGGGCCGGCCUUCGUGGCGUGUGGGCGUGCGUGUGUACAUGUGCGCGCGUAUGUAUGUGUGCAUUCGAACAAUCAGAGGCGGCGGCCGUGGGCGGCGGCUCGGGCCCGGGCUGGGUUGGAUGAGCGACAGGUGAUUCGCAGCGGGAGACGGAAGUGGAGUCGGAGCGGACCGUGUGCAUGGCCCAGCCACACGCCAGUGGCGGCGGGUUCUGGUGCUGGGAGGCGGGGCGGGGCCGCGGGGGUGUGCACUGCCGGUGCACUGCCGGUGCGCUGCCGGCGCCCCCCCUCCCCCCCCCCCGCGCACGGAGUUCGGACGUGGGCUUGGAUGGGGCGCGGGUGGCCGUUGUAAGCCCGUGUGCGU